UACUAGAGGAAAUUGAGAAAGUGUUAGCUAAUUGAUUUAAAGCAUGGCAAACAUGAGUCAAUUACCAAUUAGUAUUGGCUCAGACAAAGAGGGGAAUCUUACAUAUGCAAUGCAACUAUUGUCAUCAUCAGUACUUCCCUUUGUGUUGCAUUCAACAAUUGAAUUGAAUGUAUUUGAGAUCUUAGCCAAAGCUAAUGAUACUCAACUUUCUUCUUCUCAAAUUGUUUCUAAAAUGGCUUGCAACAACCCUAUUGACGCAGCCAAUAUGUUAGACAGAAUGCUUUAUCUCUUGGCUACUUAUUCUUUGCUCACUUGCUCCAUUAAUAAUAAUAAUGUUAGACUCUAUGGUCUUUCACCAGUGGGAAAGAUGUUUGUUAGUGAUAAUGAAGAUGGUGCAUCUUUGAGGCCUCUCUUGGAUUUGCUUCAACAGAAAGUAGUCAUUAACACCUGGUUUGGAUUAAAAGAUGCAAUUCUUGAAGGAGGAGUUCCAUUUGAAAGGAUGCAUGGUGUAAAUACAUUUGAAUAUCUUAAGACGGAUCACAUGUAUAAUGAUGUUUUUAACAAGGCAAUGUUUAAUCAUACAACUCUAAUGAUGAAAAAUAUACUAGACAAAUACAAGGGCUUUGAGAACAUCAAGACUUUGGUUGAUGUGGGAGGUGGUCUUGGAUCCAACCUAAAGAUGAUUACAACUAAAUACCCAACUAUUAAGGGCACUAAUUUUGAUGUGCCUCAUGUUGUCCAACAUGCCUUUACCUAUAACGGGGUGGAACACGUCGCGGGAGAUAUGUUUGAAAGUGUUCCAGAAGGAGAUGUUAUUUUUAUGAAGUGGAUUCUUCAUGACUGGAGUGAUAGUCAGUGCGUGAAGUUACUGAAGAACUGCUAUAAAGCUACACCAGCAGAAAAUGGAAAAGUAAUAGUUGUUGAGAGUAUUUUACCAGUAAAACCUAAUCAUAGCUCUGUGAUUAGCGUUUCACAAUUUGAUAUGAUCAUGUUGGCUAAUUCUCCUGGAGGCAAAGAGCGUUCUGAACAUGAGUUUCGAGCACUCGCAAUCGAAGCUGGAUUCAAAGAAAUUAACUUAAUUUGUUGUGUUUGUAAUUUUUGGGUCAUGGAAUUCUACAAGUAGCUUUACCUCUACUACUUGACUCUAAAUGUCAUCCAUUCAUAUUAUUGUACUGAUUUUCUGUUACUUACUUUGUUUCUCUAAAGUAAUAAUUUAAUUA